AGAUUGAAGCAACAGAGAUCGAAGCUAGUGACAAAGAAAAGGAACUUGAUUUGCUAAGGAACCAUAUCAAGUCAGAAGAGAAGACACUCAUUGAGCUUAGGACAUCACUGAAGAACACUCAAAACGAACUUGAGUUGAAGAAGACAGAGUUGAGACUGAAGAGCAGUGAGCUUGUUAAGCACGAGCAGCAGCAUGUUGCAGCAGAGACUGAGCUGUCUAAUGUGGAGGCUCUCUUGCUUCGUGAAUUCUCCUCAGCUUCUCCUGGUCUUCAUGAAGUAUCCAGUUAUCUUAGAGCUAAAUCUAAUCCAGCAAAAUUUGUUUUGGACCUAGUAGAGGGACAAAUCAGGGAGGCUCAUCGAGGCCAAGAACUUGGUUUACAAGAUUCAGUCUUGGAGACCUUAGUUCUGUGUUUUGAAGAGCUCGCAGAAAUCGGAGGAUCGAACAAGGCUCAAACGCGGAAGAAGGCUACGCAAGUGGCAAAUCUCUGGAAAGGGAAGAUAAUAAUCGAAGCGCCAAGAUCAUCUCUCGAGGCUUUGGCCUUUUUGCUAUUCAUCUUGGCGUAUGAUUUAAAGAGUUUGAUCAAUGAAGAAGAGACCGUGCUACUUGCCACAUCUGUUUUUCAUUACAAACAAGGUCCAGAACUCUUUCACUUGCUUGGUCUCAAACUCAAGAUCCCAGAAUUUGUUAGAGAUCUCAUAGAGGUUCAUCAAUACAUUCCUGCAGUCCGAAUGAUAUGUUUGUUCAAGCUUAGAGACUUUUCAGCGACUACUCUUUUAAUGAAAGAGAUCACCGAUUUAAGACGCUCUGCCCUGGAAAAAGCUGAAAACAGAGAUGUUGGAAGAUUGAAACCCAUAGUUGAACUUGUGUCAGAUUAUAAGCUUGACAUUGAUCUUCCAGGAGAUCUUAUUGCCAAGCUUAUGUUUCAGAGACAAAACUCAACACCACCUGUGCUUCAUUGCCCUGUUGAAGCACCGCAAGAAACUAGCACCUCCUCAUCGAAAGAUACGACCUUUCAGGAUGCUGCUACACGUUCAGGUGUGGAUCUUCUGUUUCCUAAAAGUGAGACUAAACCCUUUGUCAACCCAUCAGCCAAUGGUAUCAGGCUAUCAGGCAAAAGUAGCUUUUGGGUGUGAGUUAGGCCCAUUACUAACAGUAGGUUAUAAUGUCAGAUUCUCAAUACGUGUUAAAGCUUGUAGGAACUAAUUAUGUAUGUAUUAUUAGCUUGUGAUAGGUCUUAGGCUCUCUCUCUCGCUUAUGGCAAGUUGGUCUCUUUGAAUAUAUCUUCAUAGGGAACCAUUUUGCUUUUUUAAAUCGAGCAAAGGAAUCGAUUCA